AUGGCAGGACAUGGACAGAAUAAUCCAGCAGUGGCAAAAAAGUUACUGGAUAGCAUGCAGAAUGACUUACGUACUUUAUCUGCAGAAUGUAAACGGAAGCAUCCAGAAGUGAAAGAGUUUGCUGAAACUGUUCAGGUGAAGCUGAGAACCAUCUCGACCAGAAGUGAAGACAUCAUCGCUGGUCUUCUCCCAAUGAGCGUGGAAGUGGUCCAGCCGUUUGUGAUGGGCUGUGAUACUAAGAACCCCAAGCUGCUGCCCUUGUGUCUUGUUGCUGUGCAGAGGAUGAUCUCUCAUGAGGCCAUCUCUACGGCAGCUGGUGAUGCCAUCAUUGGCAUGCUGUGGCGUUUGAUGGAGUCAGGCCUGGAGGAGCUCAAGUUACUUCAGACUGCCAUCUUAUUGCUGACCAUUAACUCUGUUGUCCAGCAUGAAUCUCUAGCUAAGGCACUGGUGUUGUGUUUCCGACUCCACUUCACAAAAGACAGCACCACAAUCAACACUGCAGCUGCAGCCACUAAACAACUGGUGUCAGCCAUUUUUGACCGGGUUGUUUUAGAGGAUAAAAUACCAACAACAGAACCCAAAGAGCCGGUGAAUCUAGAAGAACUGAAAGCAGGAAGCCGGACCCCACCAUCAUCUCUCAGACCAUGUGCAGGGGAUGCCUACUUGUUGUUUCAGGAUCUGUGCCAGUUGGUGAAUGCGGAUCAGCCGUUCUGGUUGACUGGCAUGACCGAGAUGACCCGGACCUUCGGCCUGGAACUUGUGGAGUCAGUACUCACCAGUUAUGCUGAAACAUUCAUUCAGCAUCAAGAAUUCGGUUUCAUGUUGAAGGAAAGAGUGUGUCCUCUAGUGAUAAAACUGUUUUCACCAAGCCUCAAGUACCGCCAAGGUCUGCCUCCAGCACCUUCACCUGCCCCUGUUGAAAAGCCAUUCUUCCCCAUUGUCAUGAGACUUCUGCGUAUUGUUGCAGUACUCAUCAGGAGUUACUACCCUUUGCUGGUUACAGAAUGUGAGAUCUUUUUAUCACUGCUGGUUAAGUUUUUAGACCCAGAAAAACCAAUCUGGCAACGAUGUCUAUCACUAGAAGUCUUGCAUAAAUUAUCUGUCCAACCAGACUUGGUAAAAAGUUUCUGCCAGUCUUACGACAUGAAGCCUCAUUCCACAAAGAUCUUCAGAGAUAUUGUCAAUGCUCUUGGUGCCUUCAUUCAGUCCCAGUUCAUGAAUCCACCUGGUGGACCUGCAGCUCCAGGAGGAGUAAAGCUGCCUGACAUCCAGGGUACUCCUCCAGCUAUUGUAGGAGGGAUGCCAGUGGGGGGAGGGAUCAGUCCGCAGCCUGCCUUCAUAUAUCGGGGUGUCUGGAUUCCACUGAUCACAAGCAUUCCUCAAGGACAAGUCAAGGCUGGAUUCCUGGAGCUGCUGGACAAGAUUGAACCACCUGUAGUCCCCGAUGGAUAUGGGGUAUCAUUGGCCUUUCGUUGUCUGAUGGAGCUAACAAAGACUGUCAAUACUCUGGUCAUGGGAGAGGGAACAGAUGGAGAAGCUGGAAAGAAAUCAAAGAGAGAAGUUGAUGUAACAGAGAAAUCAACUGCUGUGGAAAGUUCUGGAACUGAAAGAGCUAACAGCCUCAUUGAUUCAUAUUUGUUGAGGACUCUGUUCUCUUUCUCCAACAGCACUGAUGAGACGGCAACAGAGAUGAUCCUGAAAGCCCAGCAACUGUAUGCCAACAUGUGUGGCCACCUCAACAUGAGCACUCCCAGGGAUGCCUUCAUCACGGCCCUGUGUAAAGCCUCACUGCCGCCCCACUACACGUUAACGGUUCUCAACAUGCAUGUGGGAGGGGGAUCUUUUGGUGGCACACAGCAGAAAGUGUUGAGUCGUUCCGCCAGUCAGGAGAUCUCCAGCUCAGGAGAGCAGAUUGAGAGGAGCCAAGUUGUUGCAGUUGGUACCGCCCUGUCAACUGCUUCCCUGCCUGCAGGCUCACAUCAAAGCCAAGUUGUGCUGACAGCCAAAAACAUCCAGGUGAUGCGAGCACUGCUGAGUUUGGCCCACUGCCAUGGGGACAUCCUGGGAACUGCUUGGCACCUGGUUCUAACUACAUUACAGCACCUUGUGUGGAUCCUGGGUCUGAAGCCAUCUGCAGGCGGAAGUCUCCGAGCUGGCCAACAGAUAAGUGAUGGCAGCUCCAGCAUCAUCACCACCGCUGUCAUGGCUGAUCUGCCUGUGCUGUCGGCCAUGCUGUCUCGACUCUUUGAAAGUUCACAGUAUCUCGAUGAUGUUGCUCUGCAUCAUUUGAUAGACGCUUUGUGCAAGUUGUCUGCAGAAUCAAUGGAGCUGGCCUAUUCUAACAGGGAGCCUUCGUUGUUUGCGGUGGCCAAGCUCCUGGAGAGUGGACUGGUCAAUCUCGGACGUGUGGAGGUACUCUGGCGACCUGUGACCGCCCACCUGUUGGAG